AAUACUAAGCUAAAAAUGGAAGAGGUAAUGUCAAUGAUCUUCCAAGGAUUCAAACUGGUUAUGGAGCUUGAGUCAAGCUUACCGGAAAAGUCACUAGAAGCUCUCUCGACCUCUCUCGACGAGAUCACAAAGACAUUUGGUGAUGCAAACGAGCGUCUGAAGAUAGUUCUUAGGAACUCGGAUACCGCACUGGACCAACUUAAACCGGUGGUUGUGUCGUGUUCAGACCAGUUGCUAAUGCAGAAUGAACCGGGUCUGAUGCAGGAGUAUUGGUUAAGGUGUGGCGGGUCCACAUCAUCUCAGGGAAUCGGAGCCGUGACUCAAAUUAGGCAGAUCAUGGCCGUUGAAGAUGGCGGAAGAAACUUGACGGCUGCAGAAAGAUCAGGCGGCUCCGGUAGCAAUCCUUCCACGCCAAGGCAACGCAGAAGGAAAAACGAAGGAGAAGAACACGUGGUGCUGGUGGCGGCGUUAAGGACAGGAAACAUAAAUCUACCACCUGACGAUAACCAUACUUGGCGUAAAUACGGUCAAAAGGAAAUUCUUGGUUCUAAGUUUCCUAGGGCGUACUAUAGAUGCACCCACCAAAAGUUAUACAAUUGUCCAGCUAAGAAGCAAGUACAACGCCUCAAUGAAGAUCCCUUCACCUUCCGAGUCACUUACCGUGGCUCACAUACUUGCCACAUCUACUCAACCGCUCCCACCGCUUCCGCCACUGCCCCCACUGCUCCAGUUACAACUAGCCUUUCCCUUGACUACGGUCCCUCUUUCUUCGACAUGGCUGAUGCUAUGAUGUUUGAUAGCAGCGGGAUUGGGGCCAACAUGGAUAUAUUUUCUUUCAGUGAUCUAAGUCAUCAUGAUGAUCACUGUUACCGGCGUUCGGAAGACGGCGACGAUGGAGACAAGUAGGAUUUAUGUAUCUACAUAAAAAGGACAUGUUUGAUUUAAUUUAUUAUUAGUAUUAAAGUUUUGCAUAUCACUCGUGAUUCUAGUUUGGAUCUAAUGGGAAUCAAUUCCUUGAGAAGUUCGCUUUUUUUUUUACAAUGAAAAGUGUUUUCUUCAUUAUUAAAUGGGUUUGUUUCAACCAUGUAUUUUAAUUGUUGUAUA